AUUCGCCACCAGCUCCACAGCAAGUUGUGAAGCAGCACAGUGUACAGAGGUCGUCGAGAUCGUCAAGCUUUCUCUUGGCUGUAGUUCGGUUAGGGGAAAAACAACAUUGACAAAACAAAUUUCAGUUACACAACAUGGUGAAACUCGCUUUCAACUCCGCUCUCGGACAGAAGGAUUUAAAAAAGGAGGAGAAGGAUGAAGCUUUGAUCCCUCAGGAUGUGGACUUGGAGGAUGGUCUGCAUAUCAGGCAGCAGUCCAGGGCCUGGUGCUGGUGCAUGUGUUUGGGUCUAGCCCUCAUUCUGUCUGGCGUGGUUGUGGGCGGAGCUUACCUGUACAGGUAUUACUUCAUAGAGGAGGAGAGGAUGUAUUUCUGCGGGGUGAACUACCAUGAGGAAAAUUACAAGAUGCAGGACAGCCAGGAGGAAAGCAGCAUGGAUUUGCCAUCGGCAUCCAAGAGGAUUGAGGAGAGAGUGAGGGUUUUGGAGGAUGAGGGGGUGGAGCUCAUCAACAUCCCAGUGCCCAAGUUCAGCGACAGCGACCCUGCUGACAUCGUUCAUGACUUUAACAGGAGACUGACAGCUUAUCUGGAUCUGCGUCUGAACAAAUGCUACAUCAUUCCUCUCAACACUUCUGUGGUGAUGCCGCCCAAAGACUUCCUGGAGCUUCUUGUCAACAUCAAGGCUGGAACAUACCUGCCGCAGUCCUACCUGGUGCGUGAAGAGAUGAUCGUGACCGGAAAGCUGGAGCAUGUGGAUCAGCUGGGUUACUUCAUCUACGGCCUCUGCAGAGGGAGAGACACUUACAAACUGGAGCGCAGAGAGGCCGUUUUUGGUAUCCAGAAGCGAGAGGCUCUCAACUGCCACAAGAUUCUCCACUUUGAGAACAAGUUUGUGGUGGAAACUCUUAUCUGUGAGCCGUAGUGGGGUGAAGACGGCUGGGUAACAAGAUAAAACCACUUUUGACAAAUUCCACUCUGACCCUUCCUCUCCUUCAAUUAAACCUCUUCCUGUUUCCCUUGUUAGUGUGUGUGUGUGUGUGUGUGUGUGCUGCUCUCAGAUUUGUUCAUCUGUAUAGCAACAAUCAAUAUUACAGAGAGAAUGAGACUGAACGCCAAGAGCAAUAUAACGCAUAGAAACUUUUGUGUGUAGGCAAACAUUAUGACUAGUUUCUCUCUUAGUAAACAUUUUUCUGUGUCUGGUUUUUUGUUAAGCGGGGAGCUCAAAGUCUCCAACAGGGUGUGUGGGAUGUAACGUAUGAAAAUAACUAGGAUCAAGCUGACCAUGGGAGAGGGAAGGACUCGCAGAGGAUAAAUGUACAAUGAAAUCUAUAAAAGAUGCACUAAAUGUUUAAAACUGAAUCGUCACAGAUACCAGAUUAUAUACUGGAAAUAUAUUUGACUAGAGAUUUGUGAUACAUGGCCAAUUAUUACAUGGAAGAAAUACACACAGAAUUGAUUUUUGUACUAGUUAGACUUUAGUCUAGAUUAGAAUUUUAAAUGACAGGUUUUGCUCUGCUGUAAGUUAAUACACUGCUAAAACAUCAUAUAGUACAGAGAAGUAAAAUCUAGGAUCAAAUCUAGAGGAUGCAAACCAUUUUUUAAAUCUUAAAAAAAUAUAUCCAAAAGAGUUAAAUCAAAUGUCAAAGUGCAGAUUAAUAAAAUGUGUAAUUGUCAUUUAGGGGCUGCAGGGGUAUUGGGUGUAGACUGAUGGAUGAAUUCUGUAAAGAUUGUUUAAAUUGACUCAAAUGUCUACCAGUUCAACAUGAGUUGGAAUGAUUUCUACUUUGCACAUAACCCAAAAAGUUGUAAUGUUAAACAUAUUAAUACUAAUAAAAAUUUGACCACUCGG